AUGGGGAAAGUGUUCGAUGCGGCAGAAGUCGCAAGCCAUAAAACCAGAGAAAGCUGCUGGGUACUUCUAUAUGGAAAAGUGUACGAUGUUACCGAUUUUCUCUCAGAGCACCCUGGUGGUGCCAAAAUUAUCCUCAAGCUAGCAGGAAAGGAUGCCACUGAGGAAUAUGACCCCGUUCACCCUCCGGGUACGUUGGAAGAGAAUCUCAAGCCGGAAGCAUGCCUAGGGACCGUCAACCCAGACACGUUACCCAAAGAAGAGGAACCUUCUCCAUCGGCAGAGGAGAAGGAGGGACCACCUCCGAUGGAGUCGCUCCUCAACAUGGAAGAUAUCGAACAAGUGGCCACCAAGAAUAUCAGCAAGAAAGCGUGGGCCUAUUACUACUCAGCGUCCGAUGACAAGUUUUCAAAACAUUUCAACAGUGAGGUCUAUCGGUCCAUAAUCCUGCGUCCGAGGGUGUUCGUCGAUUGUACAACAUGUGACUUGGAUACUACAAUUCUGGGGAAUAAAUUAGGAAUGCCCAUUUUCGUUUCCCCAGCUGCCAUGGCUCGUCUGGGCCAUCCAUCGGGUGAGGCUGGUAUCGCGGAAGCUUGUCGCAGUUUUGGGGCUAUGCAGGUCAUCUCCAACAAUGCGUCCAUGACACCAGAGCAAAUCGUCCAAGAUGCUGCCCCGGGCCAGACGUUUGGGUGGCAACUGUAUGUCCAAAUCGAUCGCAAGAAGAGCGAGGCCAUGUUGGCCCGUAUCAACAAGCUCAAAGCGAUCAAGUUUAUCGUCCUCACUCUCGAUGCCCCAGUCCCUGGAAAGAGAGAGGAUGACGAACGGGGCAGCGACGUGGGCCCGUCCAACCCAGUUCCAAGUGCAGCAAAGGCAGCAGAUCGGGCUGCCAACGACACGCCCGAUGUCAGUCAGGCAUCUGGCGGUGUUGGAAAGCAACUCUUUGCAGGCACCGAUCCUUCACUGACCUGGAAAGAUACCCUGCCAUGGCUGACCAAGCAUACGAAUCUGCCAAUUGUCCUCAAGGGUUUGCAAACCCACGAGGAUGCGUACAUUGCAUCUCUUCACACACCACAGGUCAAGGGUAUUAUCCUCUCCAACCAUGGCGGACGUGCCCUCGACACGGCCCCUCCAGCAGUUCACACAUUGAUGGAAAUUCGAAAGUACUGCCCUGAAGUCUUUGACAAGAUUGAUGUCUGGGUUGACGGCGGUAUCCGACGUGGUACGGAUGUGGUGAAGGCUCUCUGCCUCGGUGCUAAGGCUGUAGGAAUUGGACGUCCUGCACUCUGGGGUCUGGGUGCUGGUGGUGUUGAUGGUGUAAAACGCACACUACAGAUUUUGGCCGAUGAAACCAAGACUUGCAUGCGCUUACUCGGUGUCGAGAAGGUUGAAGAUUUAGGACUUCAGCACAUCAACACUCGUCUUGUUGAACAGCAAAUAUACGACGGUCCCUCGGGCCUUGGUCCUCUUCGCAACAUUUUCCGAGCAAAACUAUAG